AGUUUUCUUUCACGGAGACGAGGAUGAUAUGUUGAGGGAGCAGUGGUCCCCCGACACCUCCCAUUGAAAGCGAGCAAGACAGCGGCGAGCAAAUCUGGGAGGACGGCUGGAAGCUAAUCUCAGUGCUGCACGCCAGGCUCAGCGCGCACGGACAGGCAGCUGCUGCCGCACACAGCACACUGCAGCACCGCAGCACCACGCAGUGCGUCAACGAUGUUAGUGAUGGUUUUUUUUUAACAUUCCCCCUUCCUACGACGACCACCACCACCAGCCCUAACCAGCUGAGAAAAUGUGAGUUUAAUCUUUCACCUCCUUCUUGGCGUCGGCAUCAGUACCACGUGACUGCUAGUUGAACCACGUGACGUACAUACAGAUGGUCUCGCGUUUGUCACGUGCGCCAGCGAAGAGGUUAGAGGACCACCAGGACUUCUCGUGGAGCAUCUGGCGCCGAACAACACAGCGAGUGUUGGGGGAGACACUUGCAGGGCAAGUGAUGCGAAACCAAAUAUUAUUUGACGCAUGGGGUGCGUGGCCAUCGAUCUGCGCCUCCCAAUCUCAGCAGCACGUGGCCAGCAUGCGCGCCUCCCAGUGAUUUGGUCUGCAGAACGAUUCAACAAGAUCCUCCGCAGUUCAGUGAGGGCUUCUGCCUCCCCAUGGAGUCUCAACCGCCGUGUCUGUAACAAUCUGGUCUCCAGGUCAUGCAUCACUAUUUUCGUCGACAGCGACGACUAUUUUUCCAUCUCAUCGUGUCCACGGUUGAAAGUUGCAGUAGGAGAUCUCACCCGGCAGUUACCAACAGCCGUGACUUGUGACUCGUGAUCAGCUAGUCUGUCCUUCUUUACGGUCAGUUGCCUUCUUUCGUAAUUAAUCCUUCUCAAUUAGUAUGUUUGAUAAAUGAGUAACAGCAUUAUUGUCAUCGUCAAUCAGCGUCCAUCUCUGAAGGCGACAUUCAAUACAAACAUUGUUGAAGGGCACCUAAUGGAGGAUGGAUUUGAGGGAAAGAUGUCAGUGACAUCCACAUCAGGUCUAGUCCGAAGACACACGCUGACUCGUCGUGGAUGAAUUUUGUGGUAAGAUGAGCGGGUAGUGUACCCAGCCUGUGUGUGCACCUGUUUGCUCUGUCAAGCCGCGGUGUUUGAGUAUUCUUUCAUGUCUAGUCACCGGAAGGUAAAAGCUGCACUAACAUCGUAGAAAACACCAAUGCAGUUCGAAAGGUCUUCUUGUCAAAGUCCUGUGCACAUUCUUUUCACCUGUUCAUUCUGUGAACUGGAAACAUCGUGAGCAUCGCAACGUUUGCUGGCCCGUUGGGAUGUCGUUCUUGGAGCAGUCAUCCUGGACAUGUGUAGUCAACAGUUAUAGGUGGAUAUCAGUGAUUGUUGUUGUUUCCAAGUCAACUGAUAACAUUCGGAAUUCAACUUGUACGUAGUGAGUGAGCUAGUAGCAUGUGACCUCACCCCUCAGCGAAAUCAUCAUCAUACUCGCAGUUUUCUUUGUGAACCAAGAAGAGUGCAGUCGCAGGAGCAUUAGCCGAAGCCGACAGCUGCCACGAUGAAGCCAAAGUCUAGAAGCUAACAGGAGUCGAGGGAGAGACCGAGUUACUCGCAUGCAAUCCGUGCUAAGUGGAGGGCACAUGUUAGGACUGCAUAAACAGCUGUGAGUGAUGUCCCCUUUUCUUAAAAGCAUGGUUUUAAAAUAUUCUAACAUUAGCGACAAUCUCAUUCCAAAUUUGAAUCCCUCAUGCUUCUGAUGACAUCGUGGAGGUUUCUAGCAGCUCCAGUAGUCUGCACACGUCGGUAGCCACGCCAUUCCAACCGUCUCUGUCAUUUUGAAAUCAAGCAGAUUUUUCUUGACCUCGACCUUAAAAGGUCGUGACUACAAAUAGCAUUCAGUGUUUGUUGGUUUGACAAGAAGCCAAACAUUGCCAUGGUGUGCGCCAGGAUCCGGCGCCUGAGAACGAGCGCUGGACUCUUGGGUCUCGUGGCAUGCAUACUGUUGGUCAGUGCGCGUGCUGUGUUGACCAACACGUCCUUGCUCGUGCUGCUCCACCCUGACAGAGGUGACACGUCCAUCCAGCACGCUCUGCGCACUGACCUCAACCUCUUGUCCCGCCAAAGGAAUCAGAACCUACAAGGACCAGAAUCUCCGGUGAUUCGUGUCCAGGACACUGAGCAAUCCACACGGCUUCCACAAGUGGUGUUGGUGGAGACAAAUGAGACGGAGUCGAAUCCCCCCAUUACUGACCUCCCCACCAUGCUUUUGCUGACGCCUUUCAGUAAAUCGCCAUUCGCCCAAGUUGCCAUGGCGACAAGGCCGAUACCCGGCCAAAAGAUCUUUGCCUUUCCAGAGGUGAGUGAAAGCAGUCUGAAGCAGGUGGAUUUCUCUCGUCUUGGUCAACUGAACAUCCUGUACUUCCACGACAACCUCGACCUGCCUAAAGGAGACGGCAACAACAGGAGCGAUGAAGUCAAGUCGUCAGCGAUGAUCAAAGAGCCAUCAGUCUAUGUUGAUGGAUCGUUUCCUCACCAUUCCCCAAAAUCGCACUCCUCUCUUCUGACGGCGUUCCAACCCGUGAUGUCACGUGACGAACGACUUCUUCAGCUCUUUGUCUUCCAGAUGUUUGUUCGCGCAUGCGCGGAGCACAAACUGACGUUCUUCCUGUAUGGAGGGACGUUGCUGGGGGCCUACAGGCAUCAUGACAUGAUUCCGUGGGAUGACGACAUAGACGUCAUUAUCGACGAAAGGCAGCGCCACCUAGUGUUCAAGUCCCUGAACUCUUUGCCAGGUUUUUCGUUGUGGGCACCAAAGGGGAAGCAAUGGAAGUUCUUCUGGCGGAACAGCCCGGCGUUGAAACAUCUGCCGUUCCGCUGGCCCUACGUGGACAUUUUCUUCUUCGCCAGUAACGGAACCCACGUGCAUGACGUCACUCUGGACAACGAGUCCGACUUCCGUGUCUCUUUGAAAGUUGUUUUUCCGCUGCAGUUGCGUCCCUUCGCAGGUGCUCUCUUGCCUGUGCCUUGCAACAUGGACGUCGUGUUACGCUCGAGUUAUUUCCCUGGACUGUGCGUCACUACGCAGUUUCUCCACAAGAUGGAGGCCCCAGCGCCCCGCCAUCUUCUGGCAAGAGUGGCUUGUAGUCGUCUGCACCAGCUGUACCCAUUUGUUGACAGAAAACGAGACAACAACUCACUUGUUGAGAUACUGAGGAAAGGAAAGACUGUUAUUUCAAAAACUGUGCUUCCGGGAUUUUGCGAGGAGUAAGGAAUAACUUCCAGACAAUAUUUGUCAGCUCUCACCUGAAAUCGGUCUGUAAGACGCGCUGAAGAGAUGGGUCAUGGGUUAAAGGUCGAGAGGUGCUCAAUUGUUUUCCUAAUGAUUUUUUAAACCCUAGUGCAAGAUGUUUUCUCACCAAAAUACUCCCAGUCGUACUCAAAAUACACGUCUAGAAAAAUUCAUCCCCACUAGACUUUUAAACAAAUAAUUGUGACUAAUGGCAGCCAUGAUGUUUCGUCCAGUGAAAGCAAUACACAUCUGCUCAGUUUAAGAAGUUAUUUUUACUGCUAAUGUAGAAAUUACAUCAAAUGGUUAAAAAAAUUGUUGAUAAAUUUGGA